CAAUUAUUAAGAGAUAUGCAAGCCGAAGAUGUAGCUGGUGAGCCAACCAAGUUCGUGUAUUGGGAGAAGCAAGGGAAGGACCGCCUCUGAGGACUUCAUUGCCUCAAUUCUAUUGUUCAAGGACCCAUUUUUGAUGAGUCAAGUCUUUUUGAGAUUGCUAGGCAGUUAGACGAGGAAGAGAAGAAAAUCCUUGAAGCUCAAAGCAUCCCUCUCAGUGCUAUGGAAGGCACUAACAAUAUAGCAGACGACGGAAAUUAUAAUAUCCAGGUCUUAGAGAAAGCAAUCGAGGGAGUUGGGACAUAUGACUUGCUUAAUCUUGACAAACCAGGAGUAAGAACUUCUGACAUUGCUAGUGAUAACCAAGCGUUUCUGUGUAACUCUGCUGAUCACUGGUUUGCCAUUAGGAAAGUUCAUGGAAUCUGGUUCAACUUAAACUCAACAAAUAUGGAGCCCGGGCCACAAAUAGUGAGUGAUUUUUACCUUGAAGUGUUUCUUGAAGCUGUUAAAGGAGCUAACUACACCAUCUACACUGUCAGAGGAGAUUCCCUUCCUCAACCAAAAAAGGAAGAGACUGUUAGCUCUCUUCGAGAGAGUCAGAGGUACUUAGGCCUAGACUAUUUACAAGAAGAUUAUAACCAAAACAAGACAAGGCCACUCAAUACUGACGGAGCUGACCAAAGUGAGAUUGAUGCAGCUAUAAAAGCUAGUUUAGAAGACAUGCAUGGUGGAGGAUUUGGUCCUCCCCCUGUCGUAUCUCAGCCUUCCGAGGAUGAUGAUUUAAUGGCUGCGAUUGCUCUCAGCCUUCAACAGGAAAAUGCCCAACCAAGUCAAGACAACUAGGCUAU